AUGUUGGCCAGAAAGAGCAUCAUCCCCGAGGAGUAUGUGCUGGCGCGCAUCGCCGCGGAGAACUUGCGCAAACCGCGCAUCAGGGACCGCCUGCCCAAGGCCCGCUUCAUCGCCAAGAGCGGGGCCUGCAACCUGGCGCACAAGAACAUUCGGGAGCAAGGACGCUUCCUCCAGGACAUCUUCACUACCUUGGUGGACCUGAAAUGGCGCCACACCCUGGUCAUCUUUACCAUGUCGUUCCUCUGCAGCUGGCUGCUCUUCGCCAUCAUGUGGUGGCUGGUGGCCUUUGCCCACGGGGACAUCUAUGCUUACAUGGAGAAAAGUGGGAUGGAGAAAAGUGGCUUGGAGUCCACCGUGUGUGUGACUAAUGUCAGGUCUUUCACCUCUGCUUUCCUCUUCUCCAUUGAAGUUCAAGUGACAAUUGGGUUUGGCGGGAGAAUGAUGACAGAGGAAUGCCCUCUGGCCAUCACAGUCCUGAUUCUCCAGAACAUUGUGGGUUUGAUCAUCAAUGCAGUCAUGUUGGGCUGCAUAUUCAUGAAAACAGCCCAGGCUCACAGAAGGGCGGAAACCUUGAUUUUCAGCCGCCAUGCGGUGAUCGCAGUCCGAAAUGGCAAACUGUGUUUCAUGUUCCGCGUGGGCGACCUAAGGAAAAGCAUGAUCAUUAGUGCAUCAGUGCGCAUCCAGGUGGUCAAGAAAACCACGACGCCCGAAGGGGAGGUGGUGCCUAUUCACCAACUAGACAUUCCCGUUGAUAACCCCCUUGAGAGUAAUAACAUUUUUCUGGUGGCCCCUUUGAUCAUCUGCCACGUGAUUGACAAGCGCAGCCCCUUGUAUGAUAUCUCUGCCACCGACCUUGCCAACCAAGACCUGGAGGUCAUCGUGAUUCUGGAAGGAGUGGUCGAAACUACUGGCAUUACCACCCAAGCGAGAACCUCCUACAUCGCUGAGGAGAUCCAAUGGGGCCAUCGAUUCGUAUCCAUCGUAACCGAAGAGGAAGGCGUGUAUUCCGUGGAUUACUCCAAAUUUGGCAACACCGUGAAAGUAGCGGCUCCGAGGUGCAGUGCCCGAGAGCUGGACGAAAAGCCUUCCAUUCUUAUCCAGACCCUCCAGAAGAGUGAACUGUCCCACCAGAAUUCUCUGAGGAAGCGCAAUUCCAUGAGAAGAAACAAUUCCAUGAGGAGGAAUAAUUCCAUCCGCCGGAACAAUUCAUCCCUCAUGGUGCCCAAGGUGCAAUUUAUGACUCCAGAAGGAAAUCAGAACACGUCGGAAUCCUGA